AUGAAGGAAGGAGGAGGGCAAGUACAAGGUGAGAGAAAGGAUGGUGGUGGAAGUAGUGGGAGCAGUGGGAAUAAUGUGAGAAGUGUUAUGGACAAAGAAAAGACGAAGAUGAGAGAGAGACAGAGGAGGUCCAUCACUACCAAGAUCUUCCAAGGCCUCCGCAAGCACGGUGGCUACCACCUCUCCCCUCGUGCCGACAUCAAUGAGGUCCUCCGCCACCUAGCCGUCGAAGCUGGCUGGGUCGUUGAACCUGAUGGCACAACCUACCGCUCCUCCGCCUCCACCACCACCACCACUGCUUCAAACAUGUGCUCGGCUUGCGGUGCUGGUAGAAAAAGCGGCACACCGACGCCGACUAGUAGCUUUAUCGGCGGCGGUGGGGACUGUUCAACCACGGCGUCGCCACACCACAUUGCAAUCAGAGAUUCUAUAAAGGGUUUCAGUGACCCAACUCGUUUAUUCGCAUCCUCUGCUGUGUCCACCAUGAUUAAUUGUGGUGUAUCUUCCUCGUCCCAUGACCACCCAACUUCGAACCAUCCUCUCGCAAUUUGCAUGUACGGAAGGCUCCCAAAUGGGCUGCGCCACCCUUCAACAACCGCCGCAGCUGAUGGCGGACCAGUCGUGAUGGCUGUGCCGGCGGCGUAUCACCACCAGCAAGUGUACUUGCAGGAGGCGAGGUCGUCGAACCAGAGUACUCCGGCGGGCUCGCCUCAACACCGUGGUUGA